GAUAUAUAUAUAUAUAUGUAAAUCUGCACACACACACACACACACACACACACAUCCUCGAUGAUUCAUUCUUAGCAUUAGCAUUACUUGUUGUGCAUUAGCAUUGCAGAGUUGCUUGUGUCCUGUGAAUGGGUUAUGAGGCAAGUGAAUCAGAGAGCGAGAGAGAGCUAGUCAGUCAGUCAAUGAGAGAGUAUGUAAGUAAGUGAGUGAGCCAGAGUGAGUGAGUAGUGUGUGAGUGAGCCAGAGUCGGUAUAUAUAUAACUUGGCCUUGGAUACUUGCUUGGUUUACCCUCUUCGCACACAGCCUACCUCGGCGUUUCAUUCUGCGGGACCCAGUUUUGUCCUUUCGUCCCUUUUUUUUUUUUUUUUCUUUUUUGUGGGUCUGAUUGUUUUUUUGGUCGUCUGUGUUUAGAGUAAUGUAGGUGGGGGAGAGGAUCUCGUAUAGUACUGUAGCUUUCAAGGUCCUGCUAAGGCUGUUGAGUAGCUACAAGCUUGAUUGCAGCACUCGCAGUGUUUUUUUCUUUUAAUUCUCACAUGCACACACUUGUUUGUGCGCUUCUGAGCUCGUUGUGUGGGUAGCGUGGUGUUGCGGUUGCGAAGGCAGCUGUUGUUGUUGGUCUAGUAGGCUUGAAAUGGACUCUCAUUCCGGCAACGGGAGAAGUAAUGGUGUCGUCGACAAGGGUGAAGAGCUUGAGAACGGGAUCUCGGUUGCCGACGGUGUCCAUGACCACACAGGUGGUCAUGGACGAGGAUCGUUCAUCAAGAAGGUGGUGUGGCAUGGAGGCUCUGUCUACGAUGCUUGGCUCAAUGCCGUCUCGGCUCAGGUGGGACAAGUUAUUCUAUCGAUGCCGACUUCUUACGCUCAAAUGGGCUUCAAACUGGGGCUGUUCUUCCAUUUUUUCUACGUGAUAAUCGGUGUGUAUACGUGCUACCUUCUGGCGCGCUUGUACGUGGAAUACCGAGCUCGGAAGGAGAAGGAGGGUGUGGAUUUCAAGAGGCACGUCAUUCAGUACCAUGAACUCCUGGGAGCACUUGUUGGACCAUGGGCAAUGAGAAUAUCCCUCUUCUUCAACGUUGUCACUGUGGGUGCAGUGUCAGUGGUUCAGAUCAUCGCAUGUGCCAGUAACGCAUACUACUUGAACCCCAAUCUUAGCAAGCGAUCGUGGGCGUUGAUUUUCGGAGGACUCUCACUCAGUGUCGACCUACUACCAACGAUUCACAAUUUUCGUGUCUUCUCAUUCCUGGGAGCUUUGACAACAACGUACACUUCAUGGUAUAUGUUGACCGCCGCCAUAAGCAGAGGGCAAUCUCCUGGCGUGAAGCAUUCAGCUCCCAUCAAUGUCGAGUCCUUCUUCACAGGCACAACCAAUAUUCUGUUUGGUGCAGGAGGACAUGCAGUCACCAUAGAAAUCAUGCACGCAAUGUGGAAACCUGUGAGAUACAAAUACGUCUACUUAGCCUGCACAAUUUAUGUGCUAUUCAUCACCGUGCCGCACUCUUACGCCCUCUACUGGUCGUUCGGUGAUGAGCUCCUGCUAAAGAACAAUGCCUUGGGCAUUUUGCCGAACUCCUACGCACGCGACACGGCUCUCGUCUUCAUGAUCAUCCACCAGAUCGUAGCAUUUGCGCUCUACAUCAUGCCCCUGAACUUCAUCUGGGAGAAGUUCUGGGGAGUUCACCAGUCCCACUACGUGAAGAGAGUGUUGGUUCGACUCCCGCUCGGCUGUGUGCUAUGGCUGCUCGCCCUCAUGUUCCCUUUCUUCGGCCCACUCAACUCCCUCAUCGGGUCCCUCUUCAUGACCUUCUCCGUGUUUAUCAUCCCUUCCAUCGUCUACACCAUUACAUUCUGGACGCCAACAGCUCGGGAGAAUGCCGCCGAGCAACCUGGCAAGGUGAGAAAAGCAAUAGGCUGGUGGGGAAUGGUGACACUAAACUUCACCGUGAUUGUGUUGAUCGCUGUGUUGGGAGUGGGAUUCGGCAGCUACGCCAGUUUCAGCAACAUCAUUCGGCAAGUUGAGAACUUCGGCAUCUUCCAGGCGUGCUAUCAGUGCAAACUCUGAGAACUCCCUCCCCUCCCUCCCUAGAAACCCAGUUUGUUUGUUAGUUUGUUGCACUUCCCCGUGCAGAUUCUGCAUCAAGUUUAGAUGUUAAAUAUGAUUUUUUUUCUUCAAAAUAAACUAUGUUUUUAUAAAUAGUUGAGUGUAAGUGAUAUUUUUUUAGCUUUUUGAUAAUUAUGAAUUAAAGCUUAUUAAUAGUACAAUAGGUUUAAAAUCAAGUACAUUAUUAUAUAUUGAUAUUAUAUAAGUCACAAAAAAUAAAAGUGUUCUCUUGAAUUUUUGUGAAA